CCCCCAGUGGGGUUGCUAGCAUUUCCUGAGAGACGGCGUCAGGGUGCCAGGCCCCAUAUGACCCCUCAUGAAGCCAGCAGUCUCCCAGCAACCUGUCAGGAAGAUACUAUUUCCCUCCCUCUGAUGAGCAGCAAUGCGGAGCUUCGGAAGAACAGAGGAAAUACCUCAGGCUUGCAGCUGCCCCCGUCCCUCAGCAGCGCCCGCGUCCUGGCCAGCAAGGCGGCGAGGAAGAUCUUCCAGGAGCCGGAGAGCCCCAGAGCCCCAGCCUCCAGCGUGGAGGAUGAGCCCUUGCUGAAGGAGAACCCCCGCCGCUUUGUCGUCUUUCCCAUCGAGUACCAUGACAUCUGGCAGAUGUAUAAGAAAGCUGAGGCCUCCUUCUGGACGGCCGAGGAGGUGGAUCUUUCUAAAGACAUUCAGCACUGGGAAGCUCUGAAGCCCGAGGAGAGAUAUUUCAUAUCCCACGUUCUGGCUUUCUUUGCAGCCAGUGACGGCAUCGUGAAUGAGAACCUGGUGGAGCGAUUUAGCCAAGAAGUUCAGAUUACAGAGGCCCGCUGUUUCUAUGGCUUCCAAAUUGCUAUGGAAAACAUACAUUCUGAAAUGUAUAGUCUCCUGAUUGACACUUACAUUAAAGAUUCCAAGGAAAGGGAGUAUCUCUUCAAUGCCAUUGAGACAAUGCCUUGUGUGAAGAAGAAGGCAGAUUGGGCCUUGCGUUGGAUUGGAGACAAAGAAGCUACCUAUGGAGAGCGAGUUGUAGCCUUUGCAGCAGUGGAAGGCAUCUUCUUCUCCGGUUCAUUUGCCUCCAUCUUCUGGCUCAAGAAGCGAGGACUAAUGCCUGGCCUCACGUUUUCCAAUGAACUUAUCAGCAGAGAUGAGGGUUUGCACUGUGACUUUGCCUGCCUCAUGUUCAAACACCUGCUGCACAAACCUUCAGAGCAGAGAGUACAAGAAAUCAUUGUGAAUGCUGUCAGGAUAGAACAGGAAUUCCUUACGGAGGCCCUGCCCGUGAAGCUGAUUGGAAUGAAUUGCACUUUGAUGACACAGUACAUUGAAUUCGUGGCAGACAGGCUAAUGCUGGAAUUGGGUUUUAACAAGAUGUUCAAAGUAGAAAACCCAUUUGACUUUAUGGAGAACAUUUCCCUGGAAGGGAAGACGAACUUCUUUGAGAAGAGAGUAGGCGAGUAUCAGAGGAUGGGAGUGAUGUCAAGCCCGACAGAGAAUUCCUUUACCUUGGAUGCCGACUUCUAGAUGAACUCUGAAGAUGUGCUUUCGUCUCACUACUCCCCCCCCCCUUUCACCCAAAAAGGUCAGCUACUCUGAGUGUACCAACCUGCGAAACAUGAAUUGACGCCACCCCACCCAAGUAGAACUGCCUUCAUCAUUGGCAUCUUAGGAACUGUGUAGCUACCUCAAACUAGUCCUGCUUCUUAACAAAACAAGUGGUGUCUCCUAAAACGACAGGAUGUUAAGACAAAGGCUCCUGGGGUCUUGUGAGUUCGUGUUUGGGUUUUGCCAGCAGGGUGGCUGCAGCCCACUUAUGGGCACUAGCACCACCAGCAGCAAGCUUGGCUCUAGGGGAGGAAGCCCGCCCCUCAAGCUAGUUUUCGUUUGAUCCAGCAGAAUUCAGCAAGUCAGUCGGAAAAUGUCAGAUGCCACUGCCGCAAAGCAGAUUUUUGAAGUUUACUUCGUUGAAUCAUUAGUUUGUAUAUAAAACUGGCACUUUACCUGCAGAUACACAGCCUACUGUCAAGGUUGAAGCCUGGGUUAGCCUAGCUUUGUUAGGUUUUACAUCAAAGACAUAACAAGGCAGCCUGUUUACCACUAAAUAAAUGGGAGUCAGUUCAAAAUUCACUAGGUGACUAAAAUGGGUUAAACCUGCAUGAACAAGGCAUGUUAUUUUUAAACCUGGCUUCCGUGGAUUCAAGUAUCUUGCUAACAAUUUUACAGUCCAAUUGUCUCCAGCACCUCCCCACCCCAAACUUCUAGGUUAGGAUCUAAGGCAAUAUUGUAAACUGCUUUUCAAAUCGAUCUUUCACAAAAAUAACCCAUCGACGAUCCUUUAGAUCUCUUAGGCUAGUACUAAGAGACUCCCCUAGAAGUUGAGUUUUUGAUUGUACGUAAAUAGCUACUAUUGAUGUUGGCUCCACUUAGUUCGAAAAGAUGACAGGUCUUUUUGAAAUGUAGGCGUUUCUUUUUCCUGUGAGUCCUGUUAGAAUGAUCUCCAAUUCAUAUUUUGAAACAUAAGUCUCAGUAUUAGCUUGAAGUCUAUCCUUAAUUAGAAGCAUUUCUAACGUUUAGCUAAAUCUGAUGGCUGCCCCUUCAAGCUUUAUUUCAGAAGUCUAAACGAAGCUCCUGAGAGGGUUUGUAUUGAAGCAUCUGCCUCUGCCUUCCCCCAGAAUGGAGCAGUCAGGGCGGAGUGGAGAAGGACUCCUGGGCGACAUUGGACCACUGGCCUGUUGUACUCGCCUUCUUUAGCAUUUAUUGUGUAAAUAGACGCCUUCUUAGUUCCUGUAAUGCGGGAUCCUUUUCUAUCUAAAUUAUUGUUUCUGAAGAUGGUGGCUCCUCAUGCGUGUGCCAUACUAAGAUGUAAAACACUUGCAGUGUCAUGUCCAGGGUUAGCUUAGAAUCAGAUUCUAGGAUUCCACCUCAUGUAAUUGAAAAAUCUUGCUGACUCAGCUUCCAUGUCCUGCCUUAAAGAAGCAGUUGUUUACUGUGAACAUCGCAGUGUUAAAUGAUUGAAAUAAAGUUUGUAUCGGUUCCUUGAGUGUAAUAAAUCUGCAUUUCGGUACAAGAAGAGAAAAAUGAGUGUAGUUCAUAAAGGCUUGUUAGUUGCUUCUGA